AGAAACUGAGUGAAUGAUGGAGCGAGUAAAGAAGUGAAGGAGAAAGAGAAAUUAAGGGUGACAGUGUGUGUGCGUGUGUGAAAGAGAGAGAGAGAGAGAGAGGGUCGAAAGAGACAGAAAUAGAGAGAGAGAGAGAGAGAGAGAGAGUGAGAGAGUGUGUGUGUGAGAGAGAGAGAGAGUGUGUGUGUGUUUCCUCAAAGCGAAACACGGAUGAAAUGAGAGGAGCCGAGCCAUUUGUAAACAUCUUGACUACGUCUAUGUUUCGGAGCUGUUAUUUACAACCAGUCUAGUUUGAACACAAGUGGACAAAUGUGUACAUACCUGGGUGAAAUGAUAUAAUAUACAACUGUGUGAAGACCAGUCAAGAUAGAAGUUAAUUGAAAACCAUGGCUCUAAAUCCCUCGUGUGAGGCGGCUGUUGUUGUGGGGCUUGAAACAUUUGCGCGUCCUUACUGUAAAAUGAAACCGCCGGAUAUUCCAAUUUGGUUUAACCAGACAUUCAUUAAGAAGCUACGCAACAGCAGCUGUUGGCAGUUCUAUCUAAAGCAGUGCAUGCCACCACCUAAGGGACACUUCCAGGAGAACCAUCAUACUACCACUAUUACUGUGAUCGUAUUUGUCUUCCUAAUUCUUGGAUUAGUGAUUCUUUUCUUUGUAUUUAAUCGACAUUGGCGAUUUGGCCAUAUCGUAUCGAAUGUGGUAAGGAAACGAUUCAGUCAAAACAAAAUGAACAAUGAAAAACUUUCCAGACAAUCAGCGCAGUGUAGUUACCGAAUGGAUACUCCUGAGGGUGAACGAUUACUUGAAGGAGAGGCCGCAGAAGCUGUUAAACUCGACAAUCAAUGUUAAUAUUGCUUCUACGUAUGCUCUAAAUUCAGGAAGAUGAAAAAAAGAAUUGAGUUAUAGUUGCCGGAUAUACAAACUUUAUCAGUUAAAAGAAAGAAAUGGAUUCUUCGCUUUUUUCCCCCCAUUUAUUGCCAAACUGAUGAAAAUAACGUCGAGGCUGUGACAAACAAACUGAAAUCAACGAUCGAUCGAUAAAGAUAAUCAUAUGGAAGUAUUCAACGAGUGAUACUUAGGGAUAAUAAUAAUAAUAAUGAUAAUAAUAAUAAUAAUAAUAAUAAUAAUAAUAAUAAUAAUAAUAAUAAUGAUAAUAAUACCUAGAAGGGCAAUUGAUGAGAGGAUAUUACAGGGACAUAUGAAAUGUUUGUGUGUGUGUAUGUGUGUGUGUGUGUUCAUGUAUGUGCGAGUAUGGGGAAAUUUACAAUGAAAUCGAAUGAAAUGACAUGAAAAGUGAAUAUGAAAGUCCUAACGGGAAGACUGCCACUUUGGGCCAAAUAGUGCAGCCCUGCAGAUUGAGGAUUACCUCGACUGCCGAAGAUAAUUGUCCUCUCUAAGCUGUAUUCUCCGACCUACUGGCAGAUUCAGAACUGGGCUGCACUUUCCACUCUGACGCAUCUUUCAACAAACUUAUAUUAGAGGGCAGCAUCUUUCUUUCCACCCUCACCUAUUCUAAAUGGAAAUUGAGAAAGUCCACUCAACAUUAGAAAUAAAUUGUUACAUGUCCGAUGUCUAUAAUAAUAAUAAUAAUAAUAAUAAUAAUAAUAAUAAUAAUAAUAAUAAUAAACUAAUGAACUAUUUUAAAAAAGUAUUAUAGAAUUCUAAUUUUACAAAUUUCAGGUAUUUAUGCCUCCCUUUUAUUUUCUUUGAAUCUAUAUAUGCCUUCGGUUCUGUUUAGAAUUUUUCAAAUUUGUCGAGUUGACAGAAACUAUAGCGUACCAGAUUAAAUGCUUAAGCCAUUUAAUCUUAUUCUUCUACAUUCUGUGUGAAUCCCUCGCAGAGGUUGACAUUUCUUUCUAUCUCUUCCGGGUCGAUAAGUUAAGUACCAGUAAAAUAUUGCGGUCGAUUCAGUCGGCUUUAUAUUUCUCGUAUACAAGGUUUUGUAGCUGUGCCUCAACAUGAGUAAUCGAAUAUUAGUCCAUAUUGCAUUAGAGUGGAAGAGUAAUUAUCUCGGCACUUGAAAGAUAUUUCGCUUUUUCUUAAAACAUUAAUGACAUUACAAAGGCUUGAAUGCCACAACAAUUUAGUUCUUUUCACCCAUAAAGCUGGGCUUUGUGCGUAAUUAAAAGCAAGCCCUUCAAUGUGAAUCCAUAUAUUUUAUCCUAAACGCUGUGAUCUAAGUUAAGCUCCUAGUGGGCCAAAUAAGUCCGCAUCGAGUUUCGACUCGUGGUUGUAGCUACGACACUUAACAUUCCUAAAUGUUCUUGAAAAAGGGAUAAACGUCACACAAGUCUCAUUUACUUAUCUAUACAAAUCUGGGGCCACGUGCCGAAGAAAACUAAAUAAACAAUAAUUUGCCGUACAUUUCAAACUAAUAAACAUUCUUUUAUGAUUUUUCAAUUCUCAUUUUCCAUAUUUAUUUCUUUUUCUUGUUAAUGUUGUUACUCACUCGACAAAAUAAUCCUCGCCAAAAACAAUAAAAUCAAAGACACAUAUAAUAAGAUUCUUGAUUCAUAUUUUCAUAUAAUUAGUCGAAUUUCCAUUCCAGUUCUAUUGAUUAAGCAUAUACUUCACUUUCAAAUUAUUUCUUGUUGAUACAUUCCCUCAGCACUUGAAUAAACUUUCGUCCAAUAUCACUGUUUAUUGUUUCAGA